CCUAGGGGUUCCUCAGCUGGCCCAGGCCGAGUCAGUGUCAGUCAGGGAGGCGGACCGCUGAGUACUGGGCGCGGACGCUCGAUUGCAGUCUUGCUCAGGGCCCAGUGCCUGCGCUCGCGCCGCCGGGUGGGAAGGAUGAAGCCUCAGCUGGAACAGCCACCCAGUGAUUGGCUGUGGCGCUUGUGAACCCGAAGUAAAGAUGGCGGGCGGGCAGGCAGCCGCCGCACUGCCCACUUGGAAGAUGGCGGCGCGCCGCAGCCUCAGCGCCCGCGGCCGGGGGGUCCUGCAGGCAGCGGCGGGGCGGCUGCUGCCGCUGCUACUGCUGAGCUGCUGCUGCGGCGCGGGCGGCUGCGCGGCGGCGAGCGAGAACGAGGAGACAGUGAUCAUUGGGUUGAGGCUGGAGGACACGAACGACGUGUCGUUCAUGGAAGGGGGGGCGCUGCGGGUGAGCGAGAGGACCCGGGUCAAGCUCCGGGUGUACGGGCAGAACAUCAACAACGAGACGUGGUCCCGCAUCGCCUUCACCGAGCAUGAGCGGCGGCGCCACAGCCCCGGCGAGCGCGGGCUGGGUGGCCCCGCGCCGCCGGAGCCGGACAGCGGCCCCCAGCGCUGCGGCAUCCGCACCUCAGACAUCAUCAUCUUGCCCCACAUCAUCCUCAACCGCCGCACCUCGGGCAUCAUCGAGAUCGAGAUCAAACCGCUGCGCAAGAUGGAGAAGAGCAAGUCCUACUACCUGUGCACGUCGCUCUCCACGCCCGCUCUGGGCGCCGGCGGCCCGGGCUCCUCCGGGGGCGCCGUCGGGGGCAAGGGCGGCUCCGGGGUGGCCGGGCUGCCGCCGCCGCCUUGGGCCGAGACCACUUGGAUCUACCACGAUGGCGAGGACACCAAGAUGAUCGUGGGCGAGGAGAAGAAGUUCCUGCUGCCCUUCUGGCUGCAGGUGAUCUUCAUCUCGCUGCUGCUGUGCCUGUCGGGCAUGUUCAGUGGCCUGAACCUGGGGCUCAUGGCCCUGGACCCCAUGGAGCUGCGCAUCGUGCAGAACUGCGGCACCGAGAAGGAGAAGAACUACGCCAAGCGCAUCGAGCCGGUGCGCAGGCAGGGCAACUACCUGCUGUGCUCCCUGCUCCUGGGCAACGUGCUGGUCAACACCACGCUCACCAUCCUGCUCGACGACAUCGCCGGCUCCGGCCUGGUGGCCGUGGUGGUGUCCACCAUCGGCAUCGUCAUCUUCGGGGAGAUCGUGCCGCAGGCCAUCUGCUCCCGGCACGGCCUGGCCGUGGGCGCCAACACCAUCUUCCUCACCAAGUUUUUCAUGAUGAUGACCUUCCCUGCUUCUUACCCGGUCAGCAAGCUGCUGGACUGUGUCCUGGGUCAGGAGAUAGGCACCGUCUAUAACCGGGAGAAGCUUCUGGAGAUGCUCCGGGUCACCGACCCUUACAACGACCUCGUCAAGGAGGAGCUGAACAUCAUCCAAGGGGCGCUGGAGCUACGCACCAAGACGGUGGAGGACGUGAUGACUCCGCUCCGGGACUGCUUCAUGAUCACCGGCGAGGCCAUCCUGGACUUCAACACCAUGUCGGAGAUCAUGGAGAGCGGCUACACUCGCAUCCCGGUCUUCGAGGGGGAGCGCUCCAACAUCGUGGACCUCCUCUUCGUCAAAGACUUGGCCUUUGUGGACCCCGAUGACUGUACCCCCCUGAAAACCAUCACUAGAUUCUAUAACCACCCCUUGCACUUUGUUUUCAACGACACCAAGUUGGACGCUAUGCUGGAAGAGUUUAAGAAAGGUAAAUCUCACCUUGCUAUUGUGCAGCGGGUAAACAAUGAAGGAGAAGGGGAUCCCUUUUAUGAAGUUCUGGGAAUCGUCACAUUGGAAGAUGUGAUUGAAGAAAUCAUCAAGUCUGAGAUCCUAGAUGAAACAGAUUUAUACACUGAUAACAGAACGAAAAAGAAAGUUGCCCAUCGGGAGAGAAAGCAAGAUUUUUCUGCCUUUAAGCAGACAGACAGCGAGAUGAAGGUUAAAAUAUCACCACAGCUUCUCUUGGCAAUGCACCGUUUCUUAGCAACAGAAGUAGAAGCAUUUAGCCCAUCCCAGAUGUCAGAGAAGAUCCUUCUAAGGCUGCUAAAGCACCCCAAUGUCAUCCAGGAACUGAAGUAUGAUGAGAAGAACAAGAAAGCCCCAGAGUACUACCUCUACCAGCGAAACAAACCUGUAGACUACUUCGUUCUCAUUUUGCAGGGGAAAGUCGAAGUAGAAGCUGGGAAAGAAGGUAUGAAGUUUGAAGCAAGUGCUUUCUCCUACUAUGGUGUCAUGGCCCUCACGGCCUCUGCAGUUCCUUUGUCCCUGUCUCGUACCUUUGUUGUCAGCAGAACUGAAUUGUUAGCAGCAGGUUCUCCAGGUGAAAAUAAGUCACCCCCUCGCCCGUGUGGCUUGAAUCACUCAGACUCUCUCAGUCGAAGCGACCGGAUUGACGCUGUCGCACCAGCGUUGGGGAGCAGUAACAACCAGCUCAACUCGUCGUUCCUUCAAGUCUACAUCCCUGACUACUCAGUGCGAGCUCUUUCCGACCUUCAGUUUGUUAAGAUCUCAAGACAGCAAUACCAAAAUGCCUUGAUGGCAUCCCGGAUGGACAAAACGCCUCAGUCUUCAGACAGUGAAAACACUAAAAUUGAAUUGACUCUUACGGAGCUGCACGACGGGUUGCCAGAUGAGACGGCCAACCUGCUCAAUGAACAGAACUGUGUAACGCACAAUAAAGCUAACCACAGCCUGCACGGCGAGGGCGCCAUCUAGUGGUACCCACCGUCCCCGCCCGCCGCCCCUCCCCAGGCCCUGGGCCCAGGCUCGGCCUCCGGCCUUCUGUCUGACCGUGACUCCCAUUAGUGAAGCUUGUACGCCCGCCCGUGCUGCCUCCUGCAACAUUCCAAGACCAAAGACUGCCCCCUUCCCAGCAGCAGCCGCGGAGGACGGUGAGGGCAGGAGCGGAAAAUAGAGAAGUGAGACCGAUGGCUAGGGCAUGGCGUUCAGAUCGCGGAGAUGAACUUCCACCACCCGAAUAGAAUCGUGUUUAUUUUUUCAGCCGUAUCUUCUAUCAUUAUUCAGUCUCCCCCCUCCCGGAUAUGCAUGACGUUGAAAAUUGUUGCAGUUUAUUUUUUCAAGAGAUCAUGGUUUUUAAAAUUCUGCAGAGUUUUAAGUCAUUCUGUCUGAACUCUGCUGUGAUUCCACGGUGUGACCCUAGCAGGAUGGACUUGCCCCUUCCUUGGCCUUCCGCUGUGCCCCAGUGGGUGUCCCUGUCGAACUUGAAGGAUGAACUAGGAAGACUGCCCUAGCACUAACACGGAAGCUGCCACACCUGCCGUCCUGGGCGCAGCCUGCACAGGGCUGCAGUCACCUCCAAGCUCGGUGUUGUUUGCAGAAUUUAAUGUUAGUUGUGCCCUUGUCCCUCGGGAAGCCUUGACGUUCGCUUGGAAAUGUGAUUUUUGCUCCCAUUCUAAGGAAUUUUUAUCACCAAAACGCAUUUCGAUCGAUGAAUUUUAAACUCACGGUUUGUCACUGGCGAGAGGCGAGCUGUCUCCGUCCUGGCAUCCCUCCACCUGGGACUUCCGGCUCAGCCGCCCUCCUCCCCGACCUGUGCCCAGGCUUCCAGGGCACCGCCCACCUCCCAAGGCGUUGCUCUUGUUGACCCAAGAUGCUGCUACCGAGAUGCCAAAUGGAAACCUCCCACAGGGCUUUUCGUGAAGGUGUGACGUGGAGUCAGAGCUCCUCCCUCUCCCCCGGACACCAGGUAUCAGACCAGGAGUCGGACUGUGCCCGCAUUCUCUACUCCAGGCCGACCAGACAUGCCCAGACCCGUGUUUUCAAAGGAGGGAACCUCGGGGUCGCGAGCUCCUGCCCCUCCUUCCAGGGAGCCAGUAGUCCCUCUUCCCUCUCUCCCUUCCUGUGGGGCUCCGUGGUGGCCGUGUCCCCUGCCCGAGGGCCUCUGUGCCUCCUGCCUCAGACGCGGCCAACGCCAGAGAGGCCGCCUGUACAGCCAGGGCCACUGUGGCCCCAAACAGGGAUUCAGAAACCAAAUGUGUGUUGUGGCCAUUUUAUGUGUGUCUCUCUGUCUCAUUUUGAUACCAAAUUCAUCACGUCAGGAGGUGUCUCUUCAGUGACUGAAUUCUU